GACGCUCCACCUCGGAUCAUUUCCCCGGACGGUGCGUAUAUGUGCACCUUUGUGACUCGGAUCGGAUCGUAAAUUGAGAAGUUGGUGUUUAUGAGCUGCUACAGCUGACGGAGGUGUUGCAGGACGCUCAACAGUUCAGUCAGGGCGCUGCUGUGGUUGCUGAACCAGGUGGGGACAGUGACAGGGACUGGAGAGUCUGGAUCUCCCAGCCUAAAACUGGAUGAACCUUGCUGCUGCCACCUGCAUCGGAUCAGUGUCAGUGUGUGACAGUGAACAGAGAAGGCAGGCAUCACUUCUGCUUGGCUGGAGAGGAGGCAGAAAUUGGGGAAUGUGAAUGAGAGGAGCGGCCAGAGGCCCUGCAGACAGCAGUCGCGCCAGGCACCAUGAGGCAGCAAGCCUGGCCUGAGAGAGCGGAGAAAUCACCUUUCAUCACUCUCAACUGGACGGGGCAAGGGAGGAAAUGCAUACAGGAGCAGCAGCAGCAGCAGCAGAGACCGGCUAAUUCCCUCAUCUGAGAGUACAGUGGAGAGCAAAUGGGGAAGCAGGACGAGGUUGAGGGAAGGGAGUAAGUUACUUAGAAUUCAUCAUCCUAAAUGGCAAAGUGGACCGGGCACUCAGAGGCAGGGAUGUCCUUGUUAACACAUUGUCCUCCGUUAGAAGCUCCUUGUUAGAAAUCACACAUCAGCCCUGCCCCUGUGAGGCUGCUGAGCUGAGGGGCUGAGGAGAGGAACCAGAGAGAGACAGAGCAGAAAAAAGAGACAGGCCCCCAUGCAGGCGCGUAAGAAGUAUGUUCUGCUGGGCUUGUGUGCGUGCUGCUGGCUGGUGCUCUUUUAUUGGGGUGGGGGAGUCCAGCUGCGUCUGCUUCGCCUGCUGACACGGCACCGUGGGGAAGUGGUGCGCCCCUGGCCCAACUGGACUGACAAGGCCUUCCUGCCCCGCUAUGCCCACCUAGAUGAGCUCCAGACAGACCCCGGGACGGCUGAGUCGCCCCGUCAGCGCCGCCAAGCAUGGUCUGCCAUUUAUAAGGACAGUCGCUGCCGUAUGGAGACCUGCUUUGACUUCUCGCGGUGUCGCCGCAGAGGAAGGGAAGGUUUCAGGGUGUACAUAUAUCCAUCAGAGAAGAAUGACCGUGUGUCGGAAAGCUACAGGAAGAUCCUGACAUCAAUAGCUGAGUCACGGUACUACACAUCAGACCCUCGUGAAGCAUGUCUGUUUGUGCUGGGAAUCGACACCUUGGAUCGGGACCAACUAUCAGGACAGUUUGUUCCAAAUGUGGACGAGCGGAUUCGUGGUUACCCGCUGUGGAACGACGGGCGGAACCACCUGAUCUUCAACCUGUACUCAGGCACCUGGCCUAACUACACAGAGGAUCUUGGCUUCAACAUCGGCCAGGCCAUUCUAGCCAAAGCCAGCUUGAACACGGAACAUUUCAGGCCAGGCUUUGACGUCUCCAUCCCGCUAUUCUCAAAGGAUCACCCGCAGAAGGGUGGAGAGCGGGGCUGGCUGGUGAGGAACACCAUCCCACCAAGGAGAAAGUACCUCCUUAUGUUCAAAGGGAAGCGUUAUCUGACGGGCAUCGGCUCAGACACGAGGAACGCUCUUCAUCACAUCCACAACGGGAAGGACAUUGUGUCGCUGACUACGUGCCGCCACGGGAAGGACUGGGAGAAGCACAAAGAUGCCCGCUGUGACCAUGACAACCUGGAGUAUGAAAGGUUUGAUUACCAGGAGCUCCUCCACAACUCCACCUUCUGUCUGGUGCCUCGAGGUCGACGCCUGGGUUCCUUUCGCUUCCUGGAGUCCCUACAGGCGGCGUGUAUCCCCGUACUGCUCAGUAAUGGCUGGGAGCUGCCGUUCUCUGAUGUCAUACAGUGGAACCAGGCGGUCAUCGAGGGGGAUGAGAGGUUACUACUGCAGGUGCCGUCCACUGUGAGAGCGGUGGGGAAUGAGCGAGUCCUGGCCCUCAGACAGAGGACCCAGAUGUUGUGGGAAGCAUACUUCUCUUCCGUGGACAAGAUUGUCCUCACAACACUGGAGAUCAUUAAAGACCGCGUCUUCUCUCACAUAUCGAGGAACAAGUACAUGUGGAACUCGCUGCCAGGAGGUCUGCUGGUCCUGCCAGAGUACUCCACUCACCUCGCUCAUUUUCCUUUCUACUACCUGGGAUUAGGAGUCACUCCAGGUCAGGAUUUUACUGCUGUCAUCCAUGCUGUCUCCCCAUUGGUCUCCCAGUCUCAGCCAAUCAUGAAGCUGCUUCAGGUGGUCUCAAAGUCGAAAUACUGCUCGCAGAUAAUCAUUCUCUGGAACAGUGAGAAACCGCCGCCCAACCGGAGCAAAUGGCCUCCCAUGCCCGUCCCCCUCACUGUGACAGACGGGAGGAGGAAGACAACCAGUCGGUUCCUACCUCAUGUUGCCAUAGAGACGGAAGCGGUGCUGAGUUUAGAUGAGGAUACAGUCCUGCUGACCAGUGAGGUGAAUUUUGCCUUCCUGGUGUGGAGGAACUUCCCUGAGCGGAUCGUGGGCUACCCUCCCAGGAGUCACUUCUGGGACCCCUUGAAGCGUGCCUGGGGCUACACCUCCAAAUGGACCAAUGACUACUCCAUCGUCCUGACUGGAGCUGCCUUCUACCACAGGUACUACCACUACCUGUUCUCUCACUACCUGCCCCAGUCUCUGCGGACUCUGGUGGAUCGCACCUCCAACUGUGAGGACAUCCUGAUGAACUUCCUGGUUUCUGCUGUCACACACAUGCCGCCAAUCAAAGUCGCUCAAAGGAAGCAGUACAAAGAGCUGCCCAGUCCAGGGGGUACGAAGACCGUCCCCUGGGCCAACCCGGAGCACUUCAACCAGCGGCAGGAGUGUGUCAACACCUUUGCCAACUGGUUUGGCUACAUGCCCCUGGUCCACUCUCAGUUUCGCCUGGACCCUGUGCUCUUCAAAGAUCAAGUGUCAGUCCUUAGAAAGAAGUACAAAGACCUGGAGAGAGCAUGAAAACAGCAGAAUGGACAGGACCAAUCAGAGGUGGAAGGUCAAGAUGGGACACUCAAGAUGGUCCGGGAUGUUAACACAGUGGUCCAUUUGGGACAAGGAGACAGACCCUGGUGGACUGUGCUGGACUAUAUUGAUAUGAACAUGAGGAGGAACAGGCUCACCAACCUCCAUGAGUCUGCUGUGUCAACGGAGGAGUAAUUUUCGGGGCCUUGAUAAAGACUCCCUGAGAGGACAAUCUCUACUGGACACAGAAACAUGUAUGGACACCUCAGUUGACAGUGCUACUGCUGUGACUUUAAGUAGAGAGAAGAGAGGAGAGAGGGAGUCAUGCCAAAAGCAACCAAGGGACUUGUAUUGGUGCCAUGCACCCUUACUGUCAAUGUGUGUGUGUGAGCAUUACUGUGCAGGGACUGUUGCCAUGGAAACAGAUCAUUUCACAUCAAAAUGCUAACUGUAAAAUCAAUAAAAUGA